AUGGAAAUCAUUGAACAAGACGGUAAACAAAGAACUUUAUUUGGAGAUCCAGUAAGCAAACGUGCAAUCACCAAAAAGGAUAAAUCUAUCAAUCAUGAAUUCACUCAUGCUGUCCUUAACGUCAAAAAUGAUAUCUUUUGGAUUCGUUUAGCUCUUGGAAGUGAUUUGGGUUUCGCCGAAUCAUACAUGUUGGCCGAAGUGGAGACGAAUGAUUUGGGAGAUUGCUUCAAGCUCUUUAUUCAAAAUCGUGAAGUGCUCUCCAAUUUAUCCAUCGGACUUAUCUCAAAAGCAUCUUCUUAUCUACAAAGCGUUUUGAACAAAAGAUAUGCAAACACAAAGAGUGGCUCUUUACGCAAUAUUGGAGCACAUUAUGAUAUCUCGAAUCGAAUGUAUGAAGCUUUCCUUAGCAAGGAUAUGAUGUACAGUUGUGCAGUGUUCCCUACUUUGGACGCAGACGUUAGCGGACCAUUGUUGGAAUCCGUUCGCAAUCUAAAAGCUGCUGAAGAACAAGCAACUACAAAUGGACACGCACAUAUUAACGGACAUUCUCAUCCACGAUCCGGUAUUGUUUCUGAACGUGGAAUUGCUGCACCUGUUAGAUAUGAUUUAGGACAACAAAACACGACAAAUGAAGCAAAUGCACCUGAUGGACAACUUACACCGCCAGACAGUAUUACAGGCGGAGCACCAAGAUCACCUCUUUUACUCGCAAAGGAUGAAUUGGAAGAUGGACAAUUACGCAAAGUUCGUCUUCAUUUAGACCGUGCAAGUUUACAAUCCAAUCAUACGCUGCUCGAAAUUGGAACUGGAUGGGGUACAUUAGCAAUCGAAGCCGUUCGUUCUUCUGGAUGCAAAGUUGAUAGUUUAACUUUGAGCGUUGAACAAAAAGCACUUGCUGAACAAAGAAUUGCAAAAGCUGGAUUGCAAGAUAAAAUUAAAGUUCACUUGAUGGAUUAUCGUGAUAUGCCAAUCGAAUGGAACGAAAGAUUUGAUCGAAUAAUUUCGAUCGAAAUGUUGGAAGCUGUGGGGAUUGAAUAUCUACCAACGUACUUCGAAAACGUCAAUCGCGUUCUCAAACGGGAUACAGGUGUUUGUGUCGUUCAAGUAAUCACAAUGCCAGAAGAACGUUUUGAUUCGUAUAUCAAUGAAGUUGACUUUAUCCGUAAAUGGAUCUUCCCAGGUGGUGUACUUCCGAGUGUAACUGCUUUGAUCGAUGCAGCAACAAAAGGUGCAAAAGGAAGUUUGAUUUUGGAUACCGUUCAUUCUAUCGGUCCUCAUUACGCUCGCACCUUACGUGAAUGGCGUCAAAGAUUCGAACAACACUUUGACGAAAGAAUUCGUCCUGCUCUGCUUGAUGACCAUGCAGAGAUUCGCCAUCUUUCUCCUUCCGAGAAACAGAAACAAGUUCAAAUCUUUAGACGAAAAUGGUUGUACUACUUCAUCUAUUGUGAAAUUGGUUUCACCGAAAGAGUAAUCGGCGACCAUAUUCUCAGCUUUACCCGUUCGGGUAACAAAUCUUUGCCUGUUUGCUGCAUGUAA